AUGUUCACCGUUCCGGGUGUAGUGGUUGGAUUAACCAAUAACCUCACGUUGACACCUGCAGUAGAUCCAUUGCCGAUCUGUGAAGGCAGCAGUGUGCAGCUGCAGCUGACGACAAAUGCUACGCAAUUUGCCUGGACACCAUCUACCAGCCUUAUAGUGGCUACACUGGGACGGUGCACAACUACAGACGAUAUACUUGUGACUGUAAUGCCGGCUCCAAAAGCUGAUGAGCGUACACACCUGAUCCUUCCUACCCACAGGGCGUUAGACAAAGCCGCUGAGUUAUCGAAAGGAAACCAGAAAAUUGGUUCAACCCUGAAAGGUAUUGCGCCCACUUACAUGGACAAGACCGGCAGGAAUGGUUUACGCGUAGACAUUACUGCAUGGGAAGAGGAAUUUUUCGAAGCGCUUGAAUUUCUCAGGCAAUUAAAUAUUGUCAAUGGCGAAUAUUUCAUCAAUGACCAGUUACAAAAAGGUAAGAGAGUGCUGGCAGAGGGGGCACAGGGCAGCAUGCUUGACAUUGAUUUUGGAACCUUUCCAUUUGUCACAUCAUCCAAUACGAUAUCUGCCGGUGUUUGCAGUGGCUUAGGUAUAGCACCUCAGAAGAUCCGCGACGUGAUUGGUGUUACUAAGGCGUAUUGCACGAGGGUGGGUAGCGGUCCUUUUCCAACUGAACUGGAAGAUGCCACGGGUGAAGAAUUAAGAAAGAUCGGUAAUGAGUUUGGAGCGACCACGGGACGCCCGAGAAGAUGCGGAUGGAUCGACCUGGUGGCACUGCAUUUUGCGUGCAUGGUAAACGGGGUAACGAAGAUUGUGAUGACAAAAGCCGAUGUACUGGAUGCAUUUAAAGAUUUACAG